UUGCGCACGCCCAGCCCAGUGACUUGUACUGAAUAGAUAAAUCCACUUACUGAUAUAUAAAAUGGCCUCCUUCAAAGAUGCUGUAGUAUUUUAGCUAGCUUAUAAUUUCAUGGACCCUUCUUUAUCCCAAUUCUUCUCCGUUACCACAUUCUGAAGUAGAGAGGGAGGCGCGGGCGAUUUCUCGUCGUCUUAUUACCGACAGAAUACGUUUAUGUUUUAUGUAGCUAACUGGUAAAGUGGAUGUCGACUAAUAGCUAGCUAGCUAACUGUUUUAGCUCAAUUACUAGCCGGAUAGCUAGCUAGUUGUGCAGUGUAGUCUCGCUCUACUUUGUUUUGAGCGAGGGAGCAAUAGCCGGUCAGCAUCAAAUGGCCGAACAGCGAAAGGUACCUUUCGUCACUCUCGCUACCUUUAACACUACACCAGCCUCGGAACCAGCCAAGAAACGACGCCGGGAGGACGAAAACGAUACAAGCCAUGGGAAGAAUGGAGGGGUUGGAAGUGCAGGAACCGGGCCAGGGGGUGGUGGCGGCAGCAGCUUGUUCGGUAACAUAGAAGGAAAUGUUAACGUUACUGAUGGAACUUCUGGAGAACCCAAGACAGUCACGGUGCGUUUAAAUAUCUCCUUGUCUGAGCCUAGUGAAAAGGGAUCUGCAGAAUUCAACUACAGCGAGCUAGUCCAAGCAACUCAGGUAAAGAAGACUCCUCAAGUAUUGACUCCUAGCUUUGAUCCCAAUGAUCCCUUUGGUGAUGAGGCGAAAGAGAGACAGCAGGUGGAAGCAAUGGCCAAAAAGUUUGAAAACAAAUAUGGAAACCUAAACAAGAAGAAGAGGAAAGAUAGGAUCCAGGACCUUGUGGACAUUGGAUAUGGCUACGACGACACAGACCCAUUCAUAGAUAAUUCAGAGGCUUAUGAUGAGCUAGUUCCAGCCUCCUUGACCACUAAACUGGGUGGUUUCUACAUCAACACGGGUACACUGCAGUUUCGAGCUGCUUCUGACUCCGAGGGUGAGGAAGGAGGAAAAGUUGGGAAUCACCUUAAAAAGACAAAAGAUGGUGAGGAGAGAGUGAUCAAGAAAAGACGAAAAAAGCAAGAUGGCAAUUUAGAGGAGAAGAAACCUAGAAAGAUCAGAGUGCCAAAGUCAGGGGUGUUGGCCCUGAACCGUCCAGAGAAGAAGAAGAAGCAGCGUAAGAAGCUGAUGAAGGACUCUCUGAACCUGGCUGCUAUGCUACGCCGCUUCGCACGCGAGAAGGAGGAUAUGCGCAAGAAGCAGCCGUCCACCAUCAAGCCGCCACGGGGGCCGGCUAGUGCCAACACGCCAAGCGCUGUCCAGUGCCCACCAGGCAUGUUCAACUCCCACCCCCAGUCCGUCUCUGCCAUCACCACUGGCAGCGACUUAAACAUGGCUGACCUGACUGCUGACCCAGCAGUGAUGUCACUGCUGGGUGGCACCAGCGACAAUGACAUGCUGCAGGACCUGAUGGGGGACCUGGACUUUGGCCUGCUGGACUCGCCCCAGCCCGGGAGCCCCAGGCAGCAAGGGGAGAAUGGAAACCUGGCACCAGCAGGUCAGAAGGCUGGAGGUUUGGGAGUGGCCGUGACCGGACGAGUGCAGAAAGGACUCCUCACCCCCCCUCCGCUGCCCAGUGGGCUGCCUGGUCCCCUCAUCAAACGCAUCGAGGACUUGCGUGCGGCAUCACGGCAGUUCGAUGAGGAAGGCCGGAAGAAGUUCUUCACUCUGGACAUGAACAACAUUUUGCUAGAUAUUGAGCUGCAGGUCCAGGAGCAGCCAGCUGAAGCUCGCUCUGCAAUCUACUCUCAUCUGGAAGCCUUUGUGCCCUGCAACAAGGAGGCCCUACUGAAGCGCUUGAAGAAACUCAGCCUCAACAUUCAGGAUGACAGGCUGCGCAACCCUCUGCUGAAGCUGAAGCUGGCUGUGUGCAGCGUCAUGCCCGAACAGAUCGCAAGAUACAACAUGGACUGCAUGGCAAGGGUUGCACUUAAGCAGCAGCCUGGAGAAGGAGAAAAGAAUGGCUCCGAGGAGGAGGAUGAAGAGAAGCCAGGGAAGAGGGUGAUGGGGCCCAGGAAGAAGUUCAUCUGGGACGACAAACUCAGGAACCUGCUGUGUAACCUGGUGCGGGUGAAGCUGGGCUGCUACGAGCGAGAGGGCCAGAACUCGCUCUCGGCUGAGGACUACCUCAAAGCCUUCAUGGAGACUGAGGUCAAACCACUGUGGCCUAAAGGCUGGAUGCAGGCCAGGAUGCUGUUCAAAGAAAGCCGCAUGGCCCACAGUCACCUCACUGGCAACUCAGUAAAGAAAAGAAUUGCACCAACACCAAAAGCUAAAUCCAAGGAGGUUGGUUGGGUCCAGAGGUCCACGCCGCUGCCCGACUCCGCCUCUCCCCUGGUGUUGACAGUGCGUCAGCACGCCCAGCCCGAGACGGAGCCCAUCUGCCUGUCGGACUCUCUGGACGAGGACCUGGCCACACCUUCCCUGGACUCCAUCUCCCAGGCGCUGGCCCUGCUGAGCAACGCUGCCAAGGGCCUCAUCCAGAACGACCCGCAGGUCCCCACCUCCCAGCAGGCGUCCCCCCUCCUCCACAAGAAGGGCCAUGGCACGCCGGUCUCCAGUGCGCACUAUGUCUCUACCUCCUACUCCGUUUCUCCUGCCCUCUCUUCCUUGUCCUCCUCCAGAACGGCCGGUACCCAUGGUGAUGGGCUGGGGAUGGGGAAGGGCUCCCCGUUGGCUCAGGCUCACAGACUCUCAGCGAUGGACUCGCAAAGAACUCCAAUCAGCGGGGCCGGCAAGCCCACCCUUCCCCCCUCCGGCUCGUCCCCCACGGCCGCUGCAGGGAAGCCCAGGCCGCCCCCCACCGCUUCCCCGCUCUUGCCCCCCCAGCACAAAGCCUUUGGCUUGCCAGGCUCUAAUAAACUGGGCAAGAGUGGCCCUGCGGACAGUGUCUUGGGCACCUCCGCACAGCCCCGCAGCCAACACGCGCUAGCCUCCCCCCACCACCUGUCCUCCAAAGCCCAACAGCAGGGAUCCCACCCCCCUCAGGACUCCAUGAGAGCGUCUCCGGCCCCCUCUCCUCCUCAGCCUCGCACCCCUCCGUCCCAGGUCCAGUCCCAGCAGGCAGGCUUCAUCACACCCAUGCAGGCCACUCUCACCAAGUCCUCCCACAGCUCCAGCUCCCCCAUCCUGAUGCUAACCCCUCGCCCCCCAGCCCCGACGUUGGCGACCGCCGCCUCAUCCUCCCCCUCUGCCGCACCUCAGGCCCGGCCCUCUCAGACCCACCCUGGCGUGCACCAGUACACGUCCUCCCCUUCCUCCACCUCGGCGUCCUCCGCCCUUUCCAAAACUGCAGCGUUCCGCCCCCCUCUCUCAGGUGCCCCCAGGGGGCAGAGUAAUUUCACCAGCUCCUCGGCAGGGCAGAAGACCCCCUCUCAGGUCACCAGUUCCCCCUCCAUCUCUAAACUCACGGCAGCGGCAGCAGCAGCAGUAGCAGCCAGUCCCACUCCCAGCGCUGCCAGCCUAGCCAGUCACGGACAGCGGCAGAGGCCUGCAGGGACAGGUGCAGUGGCUAAGCCAAUCACAUCUGUCACUUCAGCGUCUGUUUCCCCACAGUUGUCACAGGUGUCGUCGGCAGGCAGUGCCCUCCUGGGCUCGGCCGGCCCGUCUCUGCCGCUGGGCUUCGGCAUGCUGGGAGGCCUGGUGCCCGUCUCCCUGCCCUUCCAGUUCCCUUCUCUGCUCAACCUGCCCCCACCCGUGGUCACCAGUGCAGCGGGCACAGGCCCCUCCAUCAUCAGCAGCUCAGGAUACUCCCUGCCACAGAAUCUGUUAAAGAGUCUCCAGUCAGGGUCUCAGGCUGCUCUUCCCCCCCACUUGCAGCUGGCUUUCCCAGAUGUCACUCAAAGCCAGGGUGGGGACCUGAAAAGAAAAUCCCUCUGAAGUGGCAGAAGCUUUUGGAUGAACAAGCCACCAAAUGGACGUCGUCAAAUUAAUAUGCAUGGCCUCCUGAACACAGUGCUCAAAUUGAGAGAAACUUUUUUUUAAGCAAAGGAGAAAAAAAAGAAUGAAAACAAAUUUGAUUUGAUACUGAUGUUUAUGAUAAUGUUUGUAAAAAUUCGGAUGGAUUACGAAACACCUGUCAAUGUUUACACAAAUAGACCUGUAUCACUGUGGACAGGGAGGGUUGGAUGGAUGGAUGGAUGGAUGGAUGGAUGGAUGGAUGGAUGGAUGGAUGAAUGAAUGAAUUUGGUGAGAGUGAAUGUGUUUGUACAUGCUUAUGCACUUGUGUGCAUCGAUUUGUAAAGAGCUUUUCUUUGUUUCGUCUGCCAAGC